CCUACAUCAGCAGCGCCAAGCGGCCACCGCGGCCAAGAAGAGCCUCCGCGCCAACCUCCACGAACCCACCCUCCCUACCCUCGCCAUGGACAUCGGCUCGGUGCCUUCCCAGGACGAAGAUGCGGCGGCCGCCACGCCGCGGGAGGCCACCCUGGGCCGCCACCUCGCGCGCCGCCUGGCCGAGGUGGGCGCACGCGACGUCUUCGCCGUGCCGGGGGACUUCAACCUGACGCUCCUCGACGAGCUCGAGGCCGAGCAGCCGUCCGGCGGCGGGGUGCGGCUCGUCGGGUGCUGCAACGAGCUGAACGCCGCCUACGCCGCCGACGGCUACGCCCGCGCGCGCGCAGGCGGCGUCGGCGCCUGCGUGGUCACCUUCACCGUCGGAGCGCUCAGCGCCAUCAACGCCGUCGCCGGCGCUUUCAGCGAGAACCUCCCCGUCGUCUGCAUCUCCGGGGGCCCCAACAGCAACGACUACGGCAGCAACCGGAUCCUGCACCACACCAUCGGCCUCCCCGAUUUCUCGCAGGAGCUCCGGUGCUUCCAGAACGUCACCUGCUACCAGGCAGUGGUGAACAACUUGGAGGAUGCACAUGAACAGAUUGACACUGCCAUCUCCACUGCACUGAAGGAGAGCAAACCUGUUUACAUCAGCAUCUGCUGCGACCUCCCUUCAAUCCCUCAUCCCACAUUUGGCCACCAUCCUGUCCCUUUCUUUCUCUCCCCAAGACUGUCAAACCAGAUGAGCCUGGAAGCAGCGGUGGAAGCCGCUGCGGCUUUCUUGAACAAAUCGGUCAAGCCGGUCCUUAUUGGCGGAGCAAAGAUGAGGGUGGCCAAAGCGCGCAAAGCCUUCGUAGAGCUGGCCGAUGCAUGCGGUUAUCCGUUCGCGGUGAUGCCUUCUGCCAAGGGGCUUGUGCCAGAGCACCACCCUAGAUUCAUCGGCACAUACUGGGGUAUUGUGAGCACUCCAUUCUGUGGAGAGAUUGUGGAGUCAGCUGAUGCCUAUUUGUUUGCUGGCCCGAUGUUUAACGACCACACCUCGGUUGGAUACUCACUUCUACUCAACAAGGAGAAGGCCAUCAUUGUCCAGCCGGAUCGAGUCGUGAUUGGGAAUGGGCCUGCAUUUGGGUGUGUUCUGAUGAAGGACUUCCUGCGUGCACUUGCUACCCAGCUCAAGAAGAACACGGCUGCGUGCGAGAUCCAUAGCCGGAUUUUUGUGCCUGAGGGCGAACCCCGUCCCUCUGAGCCUGGAGAGCCUUUGAGAGUGAAUGUAUUUUUCAAGCAUAUUCAGAAAAUGUUGUCUGGCAACUCGGCUGUUAUAGCAGAGACUGGGGACUCAUGGUUUAACUGCCAGAAGCUAAAACUACCAGAAGGCUGUGGGUAUGAAUGCCAGCUGCAAUAUGGAUCAAUUGGCUGGUCGGUCGGGGCUACUCUGGGAUAUGCGCAGGCUUCUAAGGAUAAGCGAGUCAUUUCCCUCAUUGGAGAUGGCAGCUUUCAGGUGACGGCACAGGAAGUGUCGACGAUGCUCCGGUGGGGACAGAACAACAUUAUCUUUCUCAUAAACAAUGGGGGCUACACCAUCGAGGUGAAGAUCCAUGACGGUCCUUACAACGUCAUCAAGAACUGGAACUACACCAGCUUGGUGGAAGCAUUCCAUAAUGGCGAGGGCAAAUGCUAUACUGCAAAGGUUCGAACGGAGGAGGAACUGGAGGAAGCAAUUGAGGCAUCCCUAGGACCUCACAAGGACAGCCUGUGCUUUAUAGAGGUAAUUGUGCACAAGGAUGACACCAGUAAGGAGCUCCUUGUGUGGGGAGCUAGGCUUUUCGCCGCAAAUAACCGCCCGCCGAAUCCUCAGUGAACGCACCGGGUCUCUACAAGAUGCUCAUCCAGCUUAACGAGGUCAUCUGAAAGUUCAGAUGUGCUGAACUCUGAAUAAACCCUCCAUUUGAGUCCAUUGCUGCCGCAGGUGCUCAUGGUUACUGUACGUAGGUGUUCUCAGUUCAGGAACUGGUACUUGUAUCACCUAAAUAAAUCUGAAAUCGAUGCUGUGGCCAGCUAAA